GCGCGUUUAACGUGAUUUCCUUUUCUUGUUGGUUUCCUUUUUUUUAAAAAAAGGGGCUUUUGUUAUUCGUGUCAUCGUUUUGUGGUUGAGUUGGUGGAGGUUUUUUUUGGGGGGUGGGAGGGGGGAAGAGAACCAGAGGGAAAGAGAGGGAAAAGGGAAGAGGAUGCAGUCGAGUGUGUGCAGAGUCAGGGCUGAGAAACAGAAGGCGAGACACGGCUCUGUGAGGGUGGAAGUGGUCCUCGAAGGAGGUGCUCCCUGGGGGUUCACCCUGAAAGGUGGACUUGAACACGGGGAACCGCUGAUCAUUUCCAAGAUUGAGGAAGGCGGGAAAUCAGACUUACUAUCAAAUAGACUGCAAGUGGGAGAUGAAGUGGCUAAUAUCAAUGAUGUGGAGCUGAGUGGUUACAGGCAAGAGGCCAUCACCCUGGUGAAAGGGUCCUACAAGACUCUCAAGUUGCUCAUUCGCAGGCGGACUGAACAAGUGUGCCGACCUCACUCCUGGCAUUCUACAAAACUAGUGGAGCACCAGCCAGAUUCCAGCAUGAUGCAAAUAUCUCAGGGCACGGUCAGCACUCCUUGGCACCAACCCUACCAUUCCAGUUCUUCUACUAGUGACCUCUCUGGUUAUGACCAUGGAUAUCUGAGGAGGAGUCCUGAUCAAUACAGCUCGAGGGGCAGUAUGGAAAGCCUGGACCAUACUAAUCCUCCCUACCCCUCCUGCAGUCUCUCUCCUGCCAAGUCUACCAACAGCAUCGACCAGUUUUCCCAUCACCACAGCAAGAGAGACUCUGCCUAUAGCUCCUUCUCUACAAGCUCCAGCAUCCCAGAGUACCCGCCUCCAUCCUUGAGCAAUGAGCCAUCCUACUCCAUGGAAAACAUGCCAUCCAGGAACAGUCUACAUGAAGGAAUCAGACAAGCUGAUAUAAAGUAUGUAAAGACAGUCUACGACCACCACAGGGGCAUAUCUGAAGAGCAAGAGGUGUGCUGCCCUUCCAUGAUGAGAAACUCUGAGAGUCGAACCCAAGCUGACGCCAGGAGCUAUUAUAGGCCAUACACUGGCAACAGACAUAGUAUUGGUCCAGUGUGGAAUAACCCGAAUAGGAGCUCUUUGGAGAUUGAUAGUAAAACACCUCCUCCUCCUCCACCAGCUCGCAGUGAUAGUUUCAUGGCAAUCAGGAGCCAUGAAAAACCUACCCCCUGGUCCAGUCUGGACGGACAGGCCAAGACUGUUCGACCUCAGCCAAAGGGAGCGUGGCCUUACCAUAGCAACGCAGGUUCUUCUGGGCAAACGCAUCCAUUAAAGCCUGUUUUCAUUGAAGGACAACUGAACACCGUGCUCGAGAAGAGUCCUGAGAGUAGCCCAGCAACUCAGCCUAAGCACUGUUACCCUCAGACACCUCAACCCGGUCAACCAAUGCUCCCGACGGGAGUGUAUCCAGUGCCCCAGCCUGAGCCGCGGUUUGCACAGGCUCCAGGCAACCGCAACAACUGCUUGCAUCAAAGUGCCAAUAAUGGGUUCCUGAAUCCUGCUUUAAGUAAGGAGAGUUCAUUCGCCUCUCCAAGUUCAUUUGAAAGGACUAAACAUACUCCGUGCAAUGUAGAAAACAAAAACCAAAGCACCACCAACAAGCCUUCUGUUUAUUACCAGCCCUCGGGCGCACAACCUGGUUUAAACAACAGAUACGAGAUGGUAUCUGAGCGUACAGAGGGACAAUAUGGGCAUUACCGGGCACAUGUUUUACCCAACUCCAAGGGCGUUUAUGACACAGCUGCAGUAUUACCCGAUGCAGGACCAGUGUCUUGUCCUAACACUCCUGUCGGUAUGAGCACUGCCACACUCGAAGCCCACUAUUAUUGUAGACCCAGUGACCGCCAGCAGCAUGCACAGCACAAAAGAGAUGGCAGUGACAGACCACUUGCCACUCAGCCCAGAGAGAGCUGGCAAGGGAAAGGGCAUCCCGAUGGGGACUGCUCCCGGUGGAAACCCCAACCGGAAGAUCACAUGCCUCGGAGCUGGAGCGAUAGCCAAGACAGACCCGGUAUUUCUUCUCCUUUCCGUCAGAGCAACGGGGAAAGUAAAGCUCUCCAUCGCAGGCAGCACAGCCUGGACGCCAAAGCAUCGUGUCAGUGGGAGAGUUACAACGAUGUACGUCUCUCGCAAAAAUGGGGGCAGGAGAGCAGAGAGCAGCCCACAGAUCACUGGAGCAGCUACGGACGGCAACAGUCACUCAAACAUAGCGGCAACCACAGCGACAUCAUCCAGUCUCCAUACACACCGGUGAGGGGUGAGGAGCAGAACCAUCGUUCUGACCUCAGCAGGUCAAGAUCCAGUACCAGCAGCACUCAGAGCUCACACAGCAGCCAGUAUGGAAAACCCGAAGUGUCCAAGCGCUGCUCCGUGUUGGAGACGGUCAGCAAGAUUGAACAGCGCGAGCACGAUGGAGAGAAGCUUCCCAACCCCCGAAGCUUACACCUUGCUCCCGAAUACAGUCGGCUCAGCCAGUCCUCCAGCAACAGGAACUCGCUUACCAGCACGGAAGAUCCCAGGAAUAGGUACAGUCUGCAAGAGGGACCGACACUCAGGCAGGCGAUCCAUCCCAUUACCAACCUGAUCAGUGCCGACAGGACACCCAUCCUGCACCACUUGACGUGUGAGAACAGAGAGAUGGGCAGCAGGUUGGAGGACCCCAAGCCCCGGGACGCUGCGUCACAAUCUACGUUCAAACCCUUACAAAGGAGCAGCUCUUCUUCCAUCGCCUCGCUUCCCAUCACAAACAUGGCGGCCCAGCUCCACACAUCCAAAAGCUCCCCGCGGCUGGUGGAUGACGGUGAUGAUAAGGACCCCCUUUGGGGAGAUGAUCCCCAGGACGUGUCAGGCUCUCCCCCCGAUAACUCCUUCAACCGAGCUUACAGAAACAGCCUGAAAAACGCUCAGACCAAGGUGCUGAGGGCCACCUCUUUCCGACGGAUAGACCUAGGCAUCGUCUCUUCUUACCAGAACAAGCAGAGGCCGUCCUCGGCACACGUGGGGCCAGCAUCUCAAGCGAGGAUCUUCAGUGCACCCAAGGAUCGGCCCCGCGCCGUCACGAUGGACAUGCGGAGCACGACCCCAGAGGCCAGCGGCAAAGAGUUUGCGGGGGCUCCUCAGCACAUGCUGCGUAUCGGCAGCAGGAAACGGCUGACGGCGGAACAGAAGAAGCGAUCGUACUCUGAGCCGGAGAAAAUCAACCAGCUGGGGGUGUCUGACACCGAAAGCUCUCCCAGCUCCCAGCAAAAAAAGGACUGGACCUUCGUUUUCCCUGAGCCCACUGAGCUGAAGUCUGUCGCUGACAAGAGGAGGCUCUUCGAGAGAGAUGGAAGGGCCCUGUCGACGGCCGACCUCUCCAAGCCAGAGCUGAAGCAAUUCCAGCAGAACGCCCUCGCCGAUUAUAUCCACCGUAAAACAGGCAAAAGGCCUUUCGUGCAAGACACUGUAAGUGUCAGGGAGCGCUUGCAGAACACGUUCUUGGGGCAAAGCCGCUCCGAUGUUCAGAGCCUCUCGUCCUCUUCCAGUAUGAGCUCCCUGCAGGACCAGAGCGUGUACUGCCGCCAGCCGGUGGACAGGCUGGCCGAGACGGGCCGCGUCUCCUCCACGCUGCCUCCGGGCUUGAGCGGGGCCUUCGACUUCGAUGAGGAUGGCUACCAAGCCAGUGUCGGCGCUUCCCUCAGCCGGCGCAGAGCAGACUUGGAACGUAUUUACCGUUCGGAGAUGAUGUUGAACAAAACGUUUCAGCAGGAGUUGGACAGAGCUUACAGUCCAUUUCAUCCCACUCAGCACCCUCAGCAGCAACACUCGUCGUUCGAUAGACAUUCUUUUGCGAGGAAUUCGGGGAAGUUUGCAUCUGCCGAGAACCUGCUGGAACGGUCCGAACACCCAGUGCCCGUCCACAGUCGCUCAAGGUCAUCGCCGUCAACUGAAGUUAUUAGACAGGAUGUUGUGGCCGGAGCAAACCGAGUGGUCGGCAUCUCUGCGAAGGAUCAACUUCCAUUAUUGAGGCGGAUGGGGAUGGACUGCAUGGGCAGCAGUUGUGGUGUCCCUUUGACUCCGGGUUCAAGACUUCAGCACCUGCCACGGCCCCAGCGUUCUGACCUCAACAGACCCCUGACAAGGCCAGGAUCGCAUGACUGGUCUUUCAGCAAUGAAGCAAAAGACAGCAGAGACAAAGCUGUAGCAACCCAGCAUUUGGCCAUUUAUGAGAAGGAGCCGUCGUCACUCGGAAUGCACAGAGUGUCCAGCUGGAAUGACAGGCACAGGCCAUUGGACACUUACAGGCCCAGCAGCACCUCAGGCAUUGUGUUGCCAGCAAGUGUCGCCCCUCUCUGUAUCUCUGAGACCAUGGCACACAGUAAGGCAGCAUCAGAGCAGUGCAUCAAAUCCAAUGCAAGCAUUCAAGACAAUAGGGGCAGCGGUCUGACUAAAGCAGCCCAGGGAUCAUUCACAAACUACCCGCCCGAGGACACAGCGCUGGAGGAGGCAACGAGGAGGAAAGUGGUGUCGCCACAAAGGCCUCCCCCUCCCAAGCUCAAAUGGGUAAACCCUGGGAGUGAAGAGCCAGUGAAGAGGCCAGCGAUCCCGCGGUAUUCCGGGUCCAACCUUAAUCCGUCUCAGUGGGAGCCCAGCCGAACAGCGCAAAGCAGUGGCAGCUCUGAGUCUGAAACACCGCCCCCUCGGCCCCCUUCACCGCAAGACAGCGUCCUUUUGACCACCUCUCCAGCACAGUUCCACCUCCGCUCAGCAUCCUACCCAGAUGAAGAUGAUGUGUUUAUCCAGGAGCCGGAGCCACAGGCCAACAGUUUCCAGAUAUUUCCACCUCCUCCUCCUCCUUCUCCUUCUCUGCAGGAUCCCAGCGCUGUUGCAAAUGCUCACUAUAAGGAGUUUCCACCUCCGCCUCCUCUGAUCGACUUUAAGGAAGAGCCAAGCACUGAAUUCUCCAGCGGGAAUGAACAGGAAGCAUCGCACAGGUUUUCAGAAAGUUACCCUGUGAAGGACAGGCUGCAGGUCACAGCAGAAGAAAGUCAAACAAGGUGGAUCCACAGCAAUUCCUCUCAGCUCGGUCCCAACCUUCCCGUCACAAACCAUGAGCCAGAGACGCUGGCCAUUGCGACCAUCCCACGCGAGAGUAAUUCACCACACCCCACGCCUCAGCUACACCAGGACUCGGGAGAAUCCUUUAUCCCAACCGAAGAUCCAGCGGCAGCCGAAGCACAAACCACAAAGCAAGAAAAUAGAGGAAUCAUAGGCCAGGUCGAGUCGUCAUUCCUGGAAGGGAAUCAGAAGUCUCCAGAAGACCUCAAGUCUGAAAAGCUUGCCAAGGAGAUUAUCAUCAAAGAUAAGUCUUUGGCAGAUAUCUUAGAUCCUGACUCCAAAAUGAAGACAACCAUGGACUUAAUGGAGGGCAUCUUUCCCCGGGGUAGCACAGUGCGUCAGGAAGCCCAGCACAGGAGGCCGAGGGUAAAGAAACUGCUCAACAAGUCCGUCUCCGAGGAAGAAAAGAAAGAGGAAAAGGAGACUGUGACGGCAAUGGUUCACUGUCCCACAUACUACAGCACAUCUGCUCUCAAAGCUGAGCUGCUGAAUAAAGUGAAGGAUAUGCAGGAAAAUGUUACUGAAGAGGAUCAGGAGGAAGAGCCAGAUGUCAAUGAAAAGAAGUCUGAGCUAAUUGAAAGCAUCACAUGCAAACUUCAGAACCUAAGGGAAGCCAAGGAGAGCCUGGCAGCCGACAUCAAGAUGAACACUGCUUUGGAGGAGGAGGUGGAGGCCCUCAUUGGGAACCACUGCAAGUCCAACGAGUUUGAAAAGUACAAGAUGUUUGUGGGGGAUUUGGACAAGGUGGUUAACCUGCUGCUGUCCCUCUCUGGACGCCUGGCUCGGGUGGAAAAUGUCUUGAAGAAUCUCGAUGAAAAUGCAAAUGCAGAAGAACGGAACUCGCUGAAUGAGAAGCGUAAACUCCUGCUGGGCCAACACGAGGACGCCAAGGAGCUGAAGGAAAACCUGGACCGAAGGGCACGGCUGGUGCUGGAGAUUCUGGGAAACUACCUGAUGGAGGAGCAGCUGCGAGACUAUCAGCACUUUGUGAAGAUGAAGGCAGCUUUGCUGAUGGAGCAGCGUGAGCUGGAUGACAAAAUCAAGCUGGGCGAGGAGCAGCUCAAGUGCUUGAGGGAGAGCCUCCCCACCGACUUUGUGCGGCAAAGGACAGCAACCCAGCCCAGCGGCCACUCUGCAGCCACCCCUUCGGCACUCUAAAGAGAGAAUGCAAGGACUUUCAGCAAGUUAGCAGUUAAUAGUGCUCUUCGGGCUAGAGUGAAGAGACAUUGUGACGGAAAGGGGGGAAAUGGGAAAAACGGCUACGAGUGACGAGACUGAGAGAACGGAGCCAGCAUCGUUGUUGUUUGAUGGACAGAAAACACUCCUCGCAAAGAGCCUGAUACAGGGGGAACACUCGUGAGGAAACAAAAGUGGACUCACAACACUAUCUUCUUUUUUNAUAAAGCAAUUCGUUAAAACUCUCACCAGGGAGGGCUGUGCAAAAAGUCCUUACCAGGAACGUAUUUUUAAAGACAAUGGGGAUUAGGCGGUUGGGAGAGAGAGAAGUAUUUUGUAGCCUUAUUAAUAAUACCAGAGAAUUAGUACUAUUUAUAAUCUGGAAGCGUGAGUUUCUGUACAUACGUUAAUCUUCUGUGGUUUUGCUUUAUUGCAAUGGGGGAAUCAAAUUUUGUAAGAAAGAAACUUUUGAAAAGCAAAUGUGAUGUUGCAGGAGUGAUUCCAAUCCUAUGAACUUGGAGGGGGGGGGUUAUAAAUAAUAGACUACUUCACUUCCAGAUUGGUUGGACUAUUGAACGCAGCUGGAUUUGGGGAAGUGGCACAAUUGGGGAUUGAUCAUGUUGGCAGUUUGAAAGGACUUAUAAAGCAGCCAUUGGAUGAGGGACCGGUGUUCAUUUCUCAUAGUGUACAGUCCAACUUUGAUUGACUGUCACUCUUCAGACUGAUGUUUAUAAACUUAUGGAAUCUGCACAUUUUCCCCCAUUGAUAUCUGUAGGAGAGUUUUAUGUGUUGGCUAAUGUCCCACAAAGGUGACAAACAUGAGUACGCGAGUGACCAUUGCAGAAGGACUUUCAUGCUUAUGUGGUCCCAUAAGCCUACCCGUGGCUUGGAGCUGUUGAAAUUGGAGUCUAUAGACUUGUUGGAGUAAAGCUCGAAUGAGGCUUUGACUUUUUUUUGCUGAAAUGGCUCCGUCAAUGAAGGAAAUCAAAAUGAUUAUAAGAGACAACUGGUGCAUGCUUGAUUUCCGAGAAGCCAGACCUCUGAGGUUUGGGAAUGCAGUUUACAGUGCAGAAGUGCACUGCUCCUCCCAUGGAGCUCUAUUCACGUAGGCUUGGUGGUUCAGCCAGACAUCGGGUUAACAUAAAACCUCCGGCUUUUUCCGAUGCUUGCCUUGUGCUUCUUAAAUAUUCACUUCACGAACUUGACACUGACAACCGUGCAGACGUUGCACACGAAAACACUGCUGCGCGUAAACACUAAAUGUCCCGAAGGUCCGACUCUGGCGCAAGGAUGUGGAAGAAGCCUCACGUCUCCGCCUCCGAUACACCUGCAAUUCACAAAGCUAGACUGACGUGUGUUUCGUGACCCCAGGUCAUCCGUGCAUUGACUCCAGGGUACCGGCUCUAUGUUCACGCACUGCUUGGUUGAUGGCUGUGUGAUGUUCUGUAGCUGGGAUCUGAAAGCACACAGCAUUGAUUCUCACAGACAGCACUGUACGAGCAGUUUGUAAUAAAAAAAAUCAAUGAACAAGAGGGGCAUUACUCUUCCUCAAACGGCGGAAUGUUAAACGGGAAUUGCUGUUCUCACACAGAUAUCCUCAUGUUGGAGCUUGUAAACCACUUACUGCUGCAGACAAUAAAAGUCAUGUGUGGCUGUCCACACUCGAUUGCG